ACGUCUCUCCGCACUUGCGCCGGAGUCAUCACUGGAGGAAGAUCCAUUCUUGUUUCUGUGAGCGAGGAACAACAAAUAAUUCUGUCAAAAUGUCCACUCCCGAAGAGAAUCCUCUGUACUCCCCCUUCUUUGGAGUGAUGGGAGCCACAUCAGCCAUGGUCUUUAGCGCCUUAGGAGCAGCUUAUGGCACAGCUAAGUCAGGCGUAGGUAUUGCAGCCAUGUCAGUGAUGCGACCAGAAUUGAUUAUGAAAUGUAUCAUUCCUGUGGUUAUGGCUGGUAUCAUUGCCAUUUACGGUCUUGUGGUGGCUGUCUUGAUAGCUGGAAAAUUGGAAGAAAGCUAUUCCCUCUAUCAUGGCUUCGUGCAUUUUGGUGCUGGCUUGGCUGUAGGUCUCUCAGGUCUGGCAGCUGGAUUUGCUAUCGGUAUUGUGGGUGAUGCUGGUGUAAGGGGAACUGCGCAGCAGCCUCGUCUGUUUGUAGGCAUGAUCCUUAUCCUUAUCUUUGCUGAGGUAUUGGGUCUGUAUGGCUUGAUUGUUGCCAUCUACCUUUACACCAAGACUUAAGUUUGAUGAGCACUUCAUAGUAUGGAGCCCUGACAUUGCUCUUACGUUUUUACCUCCAUGUCAUAGAAAUUUUUAUUUAUGGAAGUAGGGCUCUGAAUUUCUGAUAUUUAUUUUGAUAAUUUUGUCAAGAAUAAUUGUAUAAAUUUGUAUUAAUUUCAGUAAUUUGUGCAUAAUAGAGAGGUUCUGUAAUUAAUUUUACCAAGGUUGAAUACUGUCAUAAAGAUUUCGUUUUGAGUAUUAUUAGAGUCUGCCCAUAGUAAGUUAAAAUUCCUCAUUCCCCUGAAAGGUAUAAUUGUCUCCUAUUGCUUCCAUUGCAUACACUUAAUAGUGUUGCAUGAACAAAGUUAUAUCACUCCUGAUCAACUACCUUUAAAAAAAUAAUUCCUCCCUUUUGAGUUUCACUUGGAAGUAUGGUUUGUGUGUCAUUCUUUACAAGUUGCCUUGAGCAAUUGAGAUUUGUAAAGUAGUUUCUAAUAAUUCGUCAGGUGGGAAAGCAGACUUUAAUCUAAUGUAUGAUUUUGCCUCCGAAGAAAUAUUGUAGUCUCCUAUUGUGAAGUACUAAAUGUCGAUGAGAAUAGUUGUCCAUUGUGCUCUGUGACCGUUAUUGUUUGUGUGUAAGGGAACUCAGCUAAAUGAUGAUGGGUUUUUGCCAUCUCACCUGAAGAUAAUAGAUCUCUUGAAUUAUAUGUAUGAUACAUUGUGACAGGCACUUGUUCUAAGAACCAUGCAGCCAUGCAAUGCAUAUUUUCCCAAGUGAGGUGGCUAUGAGAAUGAGAACAGCAAGUAAGUUGAAAGUACUUCCAUAGUGGGGAAUAAAAAAAAAAUUAGUUAUCUUGAGAAUGAAAAAGUGAGACUAGUUUUUCAAACCAAAUUUCUUUCGCUUUGGGGGAGGGGGAAGCCUUGCUGGAUUAGGUGCGAGACCUCUAAUGCCACCCACAGAUGGAGCACAAUGGCCCUUUUCUUUUCAUAGAAAGGGCAGUUUAUAAUUUAGCUAAUUGUACAGUAUAUUUAUACAGUAGUUAGUCAGUGUUCUGUUAUGUUGGGUUUAUUGAAUAACAGAAUAAUGACUGCUUAAGAAGUGUAUGCAUUCAAAUUUUAUGUACAGUUUUAUCUCUGGUUUUAACAAAUUAUAAUUUCUGAUGUGAGUAACUUAGAUUAAAAAUGUAAUGGUCUAUAAAAUCAGAAUAGAAACAUUCCAUGUUAGGAUGAGUGAAGUAUUUGUUUCCAUUUUAUUUAUGGAAGGCUCUGGUUGUCAUUGUUAAAAAGCAUAUGCAUUGUAUAAAUGGUUACAAGACAUUAUGUAAUGGUAUAUUGUUAAUAAAUAAAGCUUAAGUUGGAUA